AUGAUCAAAAUGCGUUUCAGAUUGCAUAGUCUCAGCUUUAUAGCGUUCGCAGCUGCCUUGGUAUCGUUUUACUUUCUGGUGAACCAUGGAGUCCUCCAGUCUAGUGUGUCUAAGCAGAAUUUUGUGAGGAAAUCAUCCAAAUCAUCCAAUACAGACGAAGCUGUACAUAUUGUCCAGCUACUCCUGGGCGACGCAACCGUUCACCGAUCCGUUACUAUGCUCAAAAGUCUACUAUUCUUCCAACAUCGACUCCAAGCAAACAAUGUACACGUAAAUUCGACCUCCACAUGCUUUAAUGACACACGUGAAGAGUACACACGAGUCCCAAUUCAUGUGCAUGUGAUUGCGGAGAGGGCAACAAUUCCGUUGGUCAGAUCCAUGUAUAGCAAUUGGAGUGUUCGAGAUUUCUACUGGCAACUGUAUGAGAUGGACAAAUAUCUGGUACUCAGCCUAGACUCAGAUACUCUAUUCCACUAUGAUGUCGUUGAUUUGUGGAAUCAUUUCAAGAAGUUCAAUGCAACCCAGGCUCUGGCACUCGCAUGGGAACAACAGAGUGCAAAAAGUGACUGCUCAUACGCACAAACAUUUCCCAUUCCACCGAAUGGAUUAAACAGUGGACUGGUUCUGAUGCAUCUCAAAAAGCUGCGAGCUCUCCACUGGGACAAACUUCGUGACACUGCUUUAAGGGAAUAUUUACAGCAGUUUCACGUACUCCAUCAAGCCGAUCAACCGGAUCGCUAUCUACUUGCGGUUGACGAACGACUGAGCAACCGACAGACUAUAUCUGUUUUCACAUGCUUUGGAUUUAGUUUCCACAAUUGCUGAAACUCUCAUCAAUCGAAACUGUGGACUAUCCCGUUGAAAACAAC